GUGCACGUUUGUGUUCUACACUUUUUGGAUACUUGACGAGAAUGAAAGUUAAUAUUUUCAUAGUGGUAUUCGGGUUGAUUUGGUCGAUGGCUGCUGGGAUGAAGCAAGGACAAUGUAGUCUACAAAAAGCCGAAGGAGAUUGCUAUGCACUUAUCCCACGCUUUUAUUACAACGCAGAAAGCAACGAAUGCCUUAAAUUCCACUAUGGUGGCUGCGGAGGUAACGAUAAUAACUUCCUGACGAAGGAAGAAUGUGAAAAAGCUUGUAAAGAAUUUUGGCCGGUUAUAAAGACGAACAGAUUUGGGAAUCAUCCAGUUGCAAUUGUAUUUUGGCAACAUUCGCUCGUGAAGCUAAGGAAGAUGAAAGUUAGUAUUUUCAUAAUACUAUUUGGAUUGAUUCUGUCGGCGGGUGCAAGCCUAAAGCAAGCAAAAUGUGGUCUACCGAAAGUCGAAGGUCUUUGCGAUGCACUUUUCCCACGUUUUCACUACAAUCCAGAUAGCGAAGAAUGUCAGCAGUUCUUUUAUGGUGGCUGCGGGGGCAAUGAUAAUAACUUCAUGACGAAGGAAGAAUGUGAAAAAGCUUGUAAAUAA